GUCGCAGCCACGAGCGGUCUCAGUCGGACACCCUGCCCGUCGACCUGAACCCCGAGAGCAGCAGUGUGACCAGCAUGCCGCUCAGAAAGUCGCACAACAGCGUGUCAUCCGUGUCUUCGAGCGAGGCCGGCGCCGUGGGACCGGGCUACCCGCCGCACCACUAUGACCCGCCACGGUUUGAUUCGCCCGGCCCCGGCGGGGCAGUGGCGGCCGCUGGGGAUCUGUUUGCGUCGCCAAUGAGACACUACAUGUAUCUGCCCAAACAGGGUCCGGGCGGAGCGCACGGCCGGCCACCCCCGCCUCCUCCGCUAGGCGCCGCCUACAUCCCGCCUCCGCCGGCGCCGCGGCCGCGCCCGCCGCCCGGGGCGGGUGCCAGCGGCGGGCGGGAGUCCCGCCGGCGGGGCCCCGGCCGCCCGCCGCGUGCCCCCCAUGGCGCUCUGGCGGCGGCAGCAGCGGUCGGGAGACAUCCUGACUCGGAUCUAGAUGAUGACGAUGAGGACCAGGUAUCGGCUGUGUGAGGGUCUCUGCCGGCCUGUCACGUGUCAAGCCAAAGAAACAACGCCCUCGCCAUCGCGGAGCGCCGCAAUGUACCCGGUGAAGGCAGUCCUAGUGAAAAAGUGAGCCGUACACCCCUCCGUUGCCGUCAAUGCGUCUAUUCCGUCGUCGCUGCGUCGAUUUCGUCGAUAUCGAUGCGUCGUGUCGGUAGAUUCCGAUGCCAAUCGGCGAGCUAUCUCGAAAGUCGCCGGGUUUGUCGAGAUGCGCCGCCCGCCGGCUGAUGAUGUAUUCGUCGUGGUGGUCGGGAUAAGGCAGGACUAGGAUUUGUCGAAACUGGCCAGAAAUCUCAAAACGGCGGCCCGAGGGAUAUGUGUGAGACUUUGAGACAUGUCAGCGUGUCUCGAGAUUGAUUAUCCGUCUUCAAAGGGUGGCCAACUAUCUAGGUGUUGAGCGUAGUGGUUCUCUACAUUGAUGUUCGUGGAUGUCUAGGAGCUAAGUCUCCCUGCCCUGGAGUUGUCUGCUCCUAAGGAGUGUCCUUUUCUGGGGCGACUGGAGACAAGAGCCGCGGUUUGCUGGUUUAUCCUGAGAGCUCUCUGCUCGGUGCCCCAAUAGUGUAUUUAUUGUGUUGUUCGCGCUCGCACGCGAGCAACUAGCUUGAGAACAACGGGGUCGGAGGCUGGCUGGGCUCUCCAGAGCAGGCCGCCGCGCGUCCACACUUCACGCAGAGCAAUCAACUCAAUAUUUUGUGUCAAGUAUUUUUGUAUAUUCACGUUUGUUUGCACGUGAGCAAGUGUCAGUUGUAGUUAGAGGCGAAAUCCGCCGGUGGUAUCGUGGUAAAUGCGCCCUUAUGGUUGUUUUCUGUCCGAACCCGGCCGAUUUUGGCGCGCUGGGUGGCCGUAGGUGUUCAAGGAAGUCGGUUAAAGCGCGCCAAUUUGAGGAGCUAACGUACAAAGACGCGGGAUAAUGCGCAGCAAUCGUCUCGCUCUGCCGGCUGGCUGACAGACUGACGGGGCUGGUGAAAAAGGUCCUUUAUAUGUUUUAUUGUCGUCGUCUACUGUAGCAGUGUUCCUGAGCAAGUCUUGACGCUGUCGACUAGAAAUCUAAUACGUUGAUCUUUCCAUUCUCACUGUAUCUUCUGGUUCGCUUUCUGCGUGUUUUGCUUUCCGCUGUGAUGUCGCUUUUGGCUCCCUGGGUCCCCGUCCUUUUUGUAAGAACUGAAACAAGUGCUUUCUGCCUGGAGAUCUGACGUGCGCCGUCUUCCCUCUCGCUAUCUUGCAGAUCUUUGAUCGGACAGAUCCUAACAUAUCAUUCAUAUCCUCCAACCUCCCCCCCCCCCCGUUUUGUGUGAGAAGAAUCGACGAAUUCCGUGAGAGAAAGCCUGUCCAGGCGGUGUUGCGCUCUUUUUGACAAUUUUUAGCUGCGUCAACUCGUGUGAGAUUGACAUCAUUCCUGUACGCUGAGAUUAGACAGUAAAGUGCGACAUCCUGUGAUGACUGAUGUGUGAUGGAUGUUGUGACGUAAUGACGUGACGUCAGGUGUGUCCGAUGUGAUGUAUGAGUUGUCCGGGGACCGGAAGAUGUGUAGGUGCAUAGCUCGGUCUCUUCACAAUACAGCCAACAUUGUGUCA